GUUGCCCGGUAUUAUGGAAAAGAGUUUUCAGUGCAAUUACGAGCAACGCACGAUCGCUUCUUUCGCGUUGCUCAAGUUAACAACAAAAAAAGAGUUUGAAACAAAUGAGGAGAUACGUUUUCAUAAAAUUGAUGCGAUUGAUGAAUUUUGUAUGUACGGAAUUUCCAAUAACCAACUCGAGACGAAACCUAUAUAUAACAAACAUUGCUGUGCAAAAAAAUUAAUGAUUCCCAAAAAACCGCGUGCUCUGAAUAAGCUAUUAUUGACAAUCAAUUCCGAGCAAAAUACUGAACGUAGUGAUUACCAUACUUUCAUACAUUUCAUCAAGCAUUUGCAACAACCUGUUUGCUUGGUUGCAAAUCGUGGAACGGAUUUAUGUUUUCCUAUUAUCAAACACAAACUGGAUAAUUUUAAAUUGGAAAUGCCACCCAAUACUCUAUGCUUAGACUCUACUUCUGCUUUUCGUGGUUUAGACGAGCAGAUGAAGGUCGAGCCUGCAAAAGUCAAAAUAUUUAACCAAGGAAUGUUUGAAUUUUGUGUUGAACCGAUGGAAAAUGAGAUUAACGCUGAUGCUCGUAGCAACAACAACAACAACACCAACGCUGAUAACCGACAAGAUACUCAGCUAUUGAUGACAGUACCAACACUCGCUGAACAACUUGAUGCUGAAACAAAAACCGACUGGCGCGCACAUAACGAAACCACACCUCGGAGACCGAAAGUUACGGCCGUCAAACGUCGUAUUUCGAAUGAUUCAACGCCCACAUCAUCUGUAGCCCCUUUGCAAAGAGUUCGUCGAAGACUAUUUACGAAUCAAUUAGAGGUCAACAAAUAUGAUGUAACAAAUAUGUAUGAAAGAUUUUUUAACACUUCAUAUAGAAGAAAGCCUUAUACUGAAUCACAUGUGGAAGCUCUAAUGCAUUUAAUCCAAGUAUAUGGGGAAAGUUUUACUGAAUAUGCAAAAAAAUAUGCUACACCUUUUGUUGAAAUAUAGCAAAUAACCUUAUAUUCUGAAAGUAUUUCGGCUACUCAUAAAUCUUGUAUACACAACUCUUGAUGGACCAAAUGUAUAAAAAAAUUUAAACUUUUACUCAUAACAUCUGUAUAUUUGUGGUAUAAAUUUAUGACCCAAUCAUUUUUAUAUUUGAAAUA